AUGGUCCCAAGCUUCCGUCUGUGGCUUCCAGUCUCACUACUGCUCAACCGUCUACAUAGGCAACCAGAGAACCACGAGAAGAAGUCCAAGUACCGGUUCGGGCGCAUUCUAGGCGCCGGCAUAUAUGGCACUGUCUGGGAGGCGGAAGGCCCUAGUGGCCUGGUUGCCGUCAAAGUCGUACCGAAAGAGGAGCUGGAGAUACUCCAGCGUCUUAAGCACCCGCACAUCGUCAAGCUUAUCGACUGGUUCAAAUCAAAAAACGAAUACUAUAUCGUCACAGAGCUCGCGACUGGAGGAGAGCUGUUCGAUAGAAUCUGCCUGCGGGGACAGUUCACCGAGAAGGACGCAUCUCAGACGGUCAAGCAGAUCCUAAGCGCGGUCAACUACCUGCACCAGAACAACGUAGUCCACCGCGACCUUAAGCCGGAGAACCUCCUCUACCUCACGGCGGACAAAGAUUCAGAUCUGGUCGUAGCCGACUUCGGCAUCGCGAAGACGCUCGGCAGCGAGGACGAGGUCCUCACAACUAUGGCCGGAUCGUUCGGCUAUACAGCGCCCGAAGUGCUGCUUAACUAUGGCCACGGCAAACCCGUUGAUAUAUGGUCACUAGGCAUCAUCACUUAUACACUGCUCUGUGGCUACUUACCCUUCCGCUCCAAACACGUCCAAGACCUAAUCGAGGAGUGCUGUACCUGCCGCGUGGUGUUCCACGAAAAGCAUUGGAAGGAUGUCAGCGACGAUGCCAAGGACUUUAUCCUGAAACUACUGCGGCCGAAACCCCAAGACCGAUUGACCAGCGAGCAAGCCCUCGCCCACACCUGGCUGCGCGGCGAGACCGCGAUGGAGCACAACCUACUGCCUGAGGGUGCCGUCUUCCACGAAGCGUUCCCGGCCAAGUUACGUGAGAUGAAGGAGCUGGAGCAGACGCUCAAGGAAGACGGAGCUGCCCAAGAAGGCUCAACGGAAGGAAUAAGGUCCUACCGGGGAUAAAAAGACCAUCUGCCAUAGAAGCUCGAUGCCUGGCCAAGAUUCUACCCAUAGUAACUAGAAGUUAAAACCCUUGCUUUCUAAUGUGAGAUCCCGGCUCUGUUGCACACAGUCUAACUUGGCUGCUGCUAUUUUCCCGCGGCACUCAUGGAUCCACUGCAAGAUUACCUAGGUUCUGCUUGGGCUGCUGUUAAGUCACAUGGGCAGCACUCGUGCUGCUGCAAAAUUACCUAGGCUUGGCUUGGACUGCUGUUAAAUCGCACGGGCUGUU